AUGUCCCCGCAUAGCAGUGCUCCAUCUGACCACUUUCCUUUAUGGGACACAAUUGCACAGUCCAAGCGAGCAGCUCGCGAUGCAGCAAUUCCCUCGGUAUGGCAACUGCGACCUGACCAAAUCCCAGAUGAUCAGCUAGAUGUCACUGGAGUUCCUGCAGACUGCGGUAUCUUGACAGAUAAGGAAGUAGAAAUUACGGAAACAGACGCGACCGUCUUGGUGCAGAAGCUUGUCAAUCGAGACUACAGCUCACACGAAGUAGGCGGCCUAGCCCUUGACUCAUAUCUCUACCAGGUCAACUGCCUCAGCGAAAUAUUCUUCGACCGCGCGCUUGAAGCUGCUGAACACCUAGACACUGAAUAUGCGGCAUCCGGGAUCCCAAGCGGCCCUCUCCAUGGUCUCCCCAUCUCACUGAAAGACUGUUUCAAAGUUGAGGGCACCGACGCAACGAUUGGCUAUACCGCUUUUGCGAAUCAGCCGACAGCAGAAGAAGAUGAAUCAGAGGUCACAAAGAUCCUGCGAGACAGCGGUGCUGUCUUGUACUGCAAGACAAAUGUCCCAAUUGCCCUCAUGUCGGGUGAGACACAUAAUGCUAUUUAUGGCUAUACCUCCAACCCCUAUAAUAGAAACAUGUCCAGCGGUGGUUCGUCGGGUGGUGAGAGUGCGUUGCUUGCGCUGAAAGGAGCUCCUCUGGGUGUUGGUACGGAUGUUGGCGGGUCUGUCCGUAUACCGGCCUCAUUUUGUGGCUUGUACUCGCUGAAGCCAUCUUUUGGUCGCUUCCCUACGUACGGCAUCCAAGACGGUCUUAAGGGCCAGGAGGCAGUACGAAAUGCAAUUGGUCCUAUGGCCAAGUCAUUGGAUGGAGUUGAGAUCUGGAGCAAGGCUGUUUUGAAAAGCGAACCGUGGAUGAAUGGCGACCCGGAUUGUCUGCCCAUCCCGUGGCGCGACGUUCAGGUUCCAAAGAAGCUAUGCUUCGGCCUUCUGCUCGAUGAUGGGAUUGUCAAACCUCUGCCCCCUGUCACCCGAGGGUUACUUCUAACAAAAGCAGCCCUUGAGGCUGCGGGACAUACAGUUAUUGAGUUCCGGAUAAUUGAUGAACUCAGUGAGGAGCCGCUGUUCCUCGACACUCUAAAGCAUGUCUUGUAUCGCUCUGCUACCGCCGAGUUGAUCGGUGGAACCCUAAGAAAAACGAAUGAACCAUGGCCUCGGGGUUACGAGUUGCUCGCCGAUAUGCUCGGCCAUUCCAGUAAUGGCGAAUUAUCCGCAAAUGAUCCUGCCACGGUAUCCGACCUCUGGAAAGCACAGACACAGCGGACCAAAUUUGCCAAAGGUAUCUUGCAGUCAUGGGCAGCUACUAAAAUAAGGACCGAGACAGGCAGGGAGAUGGAUGCUUUGCUGAUGCCAUGUAGCCCGUGGCCGGCGUCUCCGAAGCAUGGAUUCAUCUACGACAACUAUACUAGCCUUUGGAACGUUCUAGACUACUGCGCGACCACGCUACCAGUAACUAAGGUCUCGUCGGUCGAGGAUUUAAGGCCAGAAUACAAGGGACGAAACGAGCUAGAGGCUCAGGUUUGGGAGAACUAUUCGCCCGAGCAUAUGAUUGGAUGCCCCGUGGCUGUACAGCUUGUCGGUCGGCGGUUGAACGAGGAAUAUAUUUUAGGAGUGACUAGAGCAUGCGAUGCUGCUUUGCGUGAUGCAGCUUGGGUUUCAUCAUAG